AAUGUUUUUCUUACUAGAGCAUUAUUCAAAUGAGUGAAAUGAAGUCGAUAUGUCGCUUCAGUUGCUGCGUCAAGUCACUCGCUGGUUGGAGGGGAGGUCAAGGUCAUCAUAGCGUAAUUAUUGAUCAAAACACCUCAAGUUGAGUCACACCACGUGGCGUUAGUCCAGGGUGAUAAGCCUCUCCGAACGGUUAUCAUGGCGAAACGUCCUGAUCACAUUGACCUCGGAUGUAGAGGAAAGGUCAAAUUUACACCUCUGUCUGACCUGACCUCGACCCCUGGAGGUCAGAGUGUGGGUCAAAGGUCAUUGGGGGUGGAGAGCUCUGUCAGCGGUUGUUCAGUGAACAGCGGAUCAAGACUAAUCAAGGGGACCACAGAACUGGAUCUGAUUAUUGACGAUCAGUUGUGUACGAUCCAAAACAACUCCACAGAUGAAGGACAGUGUGGUUUGGGACGAUUCCGUCCGAAGUGCAUACAGGCAUGCGCAAGUGUGAAACUUUUUGUGUUCUUUAUGUGCAUUCUUAUCACAAUGUCAGGGACUUUGUCGACCGGGUAUUUGAACAGCGUGAUAACUACCAUUGAGAAGCGUUUUGAGCUGGGAAGCUCGAUGUCGGGCCUGAUUGCAGCCUCGUACGAGUUCGGGAGUCUGGUGGCGGUCAUAUUCAUAUCAUAUUUCGGUGGCCGUCGGCAUAUACCCAGGUGGAUAGGCAAGGGUGUGAUACUGAUGGGCUUUGGUGCUCUUUUAUUCGCGUUACCACAUAUCAUUGCACAGAAAUACACUGUUCACCAAGGAAUUAUAUCGAACGUCACUGAUGAGAAUAUAUGUAAGACAGAAGACCAGAAAAAAUCCAAUGAAAACUGUCUGGACAAAAAUGCUGGGAACUUGAGUUAUGUGCUGAUAUUAAUUACAGCUCAGAUAUUAAUUGGAACUGGGGGGACACCAAUUUUUACGCUGGGAACGACGUACAUUGACAAUCACGUCCCAAAGGAUAAGUCGCCAGUGUAUUUAGCGUUUACGUAUGCCACAGGUGCGUUGGGCCCGGUGGUAGGGUACGCGCUGGGGGCCUUGCUGCUCCAGUUCUAUGUGGAUGUGUUCAGCUAUGAGGUGGACCUGUCCCCCGCUCACCCCCGCUGGAUAGGGGCCUGGUGGGGGGGCUUCAUCAUCUGUGGGCUUGUACUGUUUGCCAUCGCCGUCCCCUUCCUGAUGUUUCCUCAGGUUCUGGUGGAGGAGAAACGCAAGGUUCUUGAGAGCAAAGCAAGGGAAGAACUACUGGCUCCCAGCCUGGAGCAGCCGGAAACAAAGAUAGAGGAUUAUGGGAAGGAUGCUAGAGACAUUCCUCUGUCCAUUCUACGUCUUCUAAAGAACAAGAUAUAUCUGGUGACAAGCUUUGGGAUCUGCUGCGAGAUUUCUAUAGUCAGUGGUUUUGUUGUGUUUCUGCCUAAAUACAUCGAGACACAGUUUGGGACCUCAAAAUCUGAAGCCUCCUUAUUCACUGGGGGUAUAGCCAUACCAGGAGCAGUGUUCGGUGUGUUGAUGGGGGGCUUCCUUUUGAAGAGGUUCCAGAUGGGGCCAGUGGGGGCCAUAAAGCUUACCAUUCUACUGGACAUUCUUGCCCUGGUGGGCUGUGGAUUCUUCUUCUUUCUGGGCUGUAAUAACCUGAAAAUAGCCGGCGCUACAUUCCCGUACUUUAACAGCUCUGGCUACAACCUCAUAGAGGACCUAGACUUUGAAGCCAACCUGACAUCGUCGUGCAACAUGUUCUGUGAGUGUUCCAACAAUGACCUUGAACCCAUCUGUGGUAUCAACGGGCUCACCUAUUUCUCUCCAUGCCAUGCAGGCUGCACGCACAUCAACAACAUUGCCGAGGAUCACACAUCCAUGAACUUCACAGGAUGUUCGUGUAUCCUAGGGGACCACUUCAGCUCGGAGGUGAUCAUGUCGCCAGUGGCAACCAGCGGGCCCUGCAAGUCGACGUGCAAGAACCUGCUCCCGUUCCUCAUCCUGCUGGUCUUCAUGACCUUCUGCGUGGCCGGCUCCCAGAUGCCCAUACUUAUGGUCACCCUCAGGUCUGUCAGAGAAGAGGAGAGGUGCUUUGCGCUCGGCAUGCAGUUUGUCAUACUGAGAUUGUUUGCGUACAUCCCAGCCCCGAUGGUAUUUGGCAGCAUCAUUGACACAGCCUGUCUGCUCUGGCGUCAGAGGUGUGGGGAGAACGGCUCCUGUCUUAUCUACAACAUAGAGAUGUUCAGACAUAGAUAUGUAGGCACGUCUGCCCUGUUGAAGAUUUUGGGAGGGACCUUGUUCACCAUUGUGUGGCUGCUGAUGAGGAAGAAAACCAGGAAAGAAAAGGACCUCCAAAAGAGGGGACUGUCCGUCGGUGAAAUGAUGAAUUCCGUUACCUCAAUCAACAAACUGGAUCUCAGCCUGACCUUUAAACGAGGUGACCUUGAAAAGAAAGUGACUUGUGACCUUGACUUAGAAUCUGACCUUGAAGAAGUCUGCAAUCCUCCACUGGACUCUGACCAAUGCCAUACCAUCAAGCAUCGGGGAGACUUAGAUCUAGAAAUCAAUCAUCUGAAUGAUCCUUCAUGCAAGCUUCUAAAUGAACAAAGCAUACCUCCCAGUGAUCAUGAUCAAGUAUUAACAUGCAAGCUUGAAAAUAAAGAUUGCAUGCCUUUACAGGACACAGAUUCCUUUAGUACAGAAGAAAAUGUACAGUUUAGUUUUCAUGCUUCGCACAAUUUGGGACAUGAUAUAGCAUAUCACAGAGUUAGUACUAAUGAAUCAAAUUUGUGAUUAAAUGGUCUUUCAGUGUAUGUUUGUAAAGAGCACUUGAAGACUAGAUGUUAUGUGAAAUUGUUUCUUGUCUUUUGUAUGUUUUGCAAUAAAAAAAUCCAUACAGAAGUUUGUUUUAUUUUUGAAAGUAUACUGUCCUCUUUUUGAAUCUUUUGUCUCUGAUAAGUUUUAAUGUGGCAUUUUUGGUAUUAAAACAGUUUGUGUAAAAAAAUGUUAUAGCAGUUUUCUUGUGUAUUUUGUAUUAAAAAAAAAUCAUUUAUGAAUCUUGCAACUUUGGUAAUAAUUACUUGGACUGCCCACUUGCCCAACUAAAGUAUAUAAUAUGUGGCCAUCCAUAUUUUUUUUGUACUGUGAGUGCAUAUAUAUUCUUUAUGUUCAUAAUAUUUAUGCAAUUAAUGCAUUCCACUGAAACUUUUGAUAUUAUCAACAAUCAAUUAUUGGUAAAUAUAGUACUUGUUGUACACAAUUUCUACUAAUUAUAUACUCAUUUACUUUACAAACAGGUGUAAUACGCAAAUCUGGAAAAGUAUUUUUGUUGCUGUGUUUUGGACAAAAAUAUUAAAUGUAUUUGAAGCUGUGAAUUAAUGUGUCAAAUAAUUGUAGCAUUCAAAAAUUGAUAACUUGCAUGAAAUCCAUUAUUCAAUGUUUUAGUAUAAAGUUUAUGGCACAAAAAUAUUAUAUUGUCACUUAGUGGAACAUGUAAAAACAGAACACAUUUUGAAAAAGUUGUAAACUUUAAAAAAUGUGGUUGAUAAUUUAUAAUGUCAUAAUUGAAUUCCUAGAAUAUGCUACAUAAUAUCUACCAUAACUUAAGGUUACAUCAGCAUUUUUUUCCCACAAAUCUUGUGUUUGUGGAAAUGAGUUUGUAUGUUCCAUUUAAAUAUGAACUUUUGAAUAGCUAAUAAUGUACUGUGAAUAUUUUUGUAACUAUUUGUUGUAUCACAUACUGUCUGUCCAAAAUGCUUCCGGAUUUUCCUAUGGACCAGAAUUGUUGUUGUUGUUGUUAGUUAAAGUUGUUGUUGUUUUUGCAAAAUGUGUCAAGGGUCCAUAUUCCCAAAGUACCUUGGGGAAAGUAAAAUUAAUUGAUAAAAAAUCUUUAAGUUAUUUGUGUCAGUUGCAAAUCCAAUGUGUAUGUUAUUUAACAUUAAUUCAGAAGGCUGGAAUGUUUCAUAUUUUAACAUGGCAGCAGAAUUUCUUGAAUUUAACAUGGAAAUGCUUGAAAUGGAAUUGGGUAUUUUAAUAGACAAACAAUAUUUAUUAAGGUUUUUCUUGAGAAACAUUACAAAUUCUGACCCAGAAACUAGAAAAUCCUUUUAUUGUGUUCAUAAGUGUGUAGUACUUGAGUGAAAGAAAACCUCAUCAUGUAGAUAGAUCAUCAGAUUGAGAAACAAUGUUGUAAAACCUUAGAUCAUUUUCUCAACACGUUUGUAUCUUGCCUAUGUUCUUUUAUAUCGUAAACACUGAAAUUUCAUCUUCAAAAUUGUGAAUAAUGAUGAGAACAGCUUUCAAUUGUGAAUAAUGAUGAGAACAGCUUUAAAUUUUGAAUAAUGAUGAGAACAGCUUUGAAUAUUUUUGUGGUUGAUAAAUCAUGAAUAUAAGAUACUGUUGGCAUGGAUUUUUAAGUUUUAAAAAACAUGUUUGGAUAAUGGAUAGUAAAUAAUUUGUGAGUAGUGUAUUUUUUAGUAAACUUUGUAAAUGAAUAGCAGGAAGCUAUUAAAAAACAGCAAAGCUAACUAACUUUCCUUAAUCUACAUAUGAAUGACACAAACAAGUGUUGCCAUAAUCAAAAUUAAGCAACAUUAAUUGCCAAAAUAUUGCCACUGAUGUUAGUGGAAACCGCCAAAAAGCAUGAAAUGAAAUAGUUUUUUGUAUAAUUAAAAUCAAAUCUCUUUUAUAGUUGUGAUAUUAGCAGUCAUGUUUUUCAAAAUAUAGUAUUGUUUUUGUAAUUGCAUUGUAUGUUACACAAAUGCCAAUGAUAUUAAAUCAACGUUUGUAUGAUAUUCAAUCAUUUUUUUAAGAAGAAUAUAAUAUGGUUUUUUUUACUUGUUUUGUACUUUUUUGUACUUUAAUAUAUGAAAUGUAUGAUAGAUAAAUUGCUUAAGAAAAUGAUAUUAAAACACUUUUUAUGCCCCCGGUAGGGUGGCAUAUAGCGGUUGAACUGCCUAUCAGCCAGUCAGUCUGUCCAUCUGUCCGUCCAAAAACUUGGUCAUAACUUUUUCAAUAUUUAACAUAGCAACUUGGUAUUUGGCAUGCAUGUGCAUCUCAUGGAUCUGCACAUUUUGAGUGGUGAAAGGUGAAGGUCAAGGUCAUCCUUCAAGGUCAAAUGUCAAAUAUGUCCGUCCGAAAACUUUAACAUUGGCCAUAACUUUUUAAAUAUUGAAGAUAGCAACUUGAUAUUUGGCAUGCAUGUGUAUCUCCUGGAGCUGAACAUUUUGAGUGAUGAAAGGUAAAGGUCAAGGUCAUUCUUCAAGGUCAAAGGUCAAAAAUAAUUAAAAAAAAAUCAUUUCUCCAUUCAAUCUCUUACUUACUUCUCAUGGAGCUGCACAUUUUGAGUGGUGAAAGGUCAAGGUCAUCCUUCAAGGUCAAAGGUCAAAUAUAUGGCUACAAAGCGGCGCAAUAGCUGGCAUUGUGUUUGUGACAAACACAUCUCUUGUUUAAAAACUAAGUUUUACUUAACAGUGUCAAGUCACUUUGGCUGAAGGAUAUUAUAUCAAUUUUACACAAGGAUAUUGAUUACUAAGAAUAUUUAAUCGCUUUUCUGAAUUACAUUAAAUCACUGUCGUUAAAGGAUAUUCAAUCACUUUUAUUGAAUGAUAUUAAAUCAUUUUUCUGAAUUACAUUAAAUCACUGUUAUUGAAUGAUAUUCAAUCACUUUUAUUGAAUGAUAUUAAAUCACUUUUCUGAAUUACAUUAAAUCACUGUUAUUGAAUGAUAUUCAAUCACUUUUAUUGAAUGAUAUUAAAUCACUUUUCUGAAUUACAUUGAAUCACUGUUAUUGAAUGAUAUUCAAUCACUUUUAUUGAAUGAUAUUAAAUCAUUUUUCUGAAUAACAUUAAAUCACUGUCGUUGAAGGAUAUUCAAUCACUUUUAAUGAAUGAUAUUAAAUCACUUUUCUGAAUUACAUUAAAUCACUGUUAUUGAAGGAUAUUCAAUCACUUUUAUUAAAUGAUAUUAAAUCGCUUAUACUCAAUGAUAUUUAAUCUUUUUUACUGAAUGAUAUUAUAUCACUUUUACUCCAAUGGAUAUAGAAUCACUUUUACUGAAUGAUUUUAUAUCACUUUAACUCCAAUGAUAUUAUAUCACUUUUACUACAAUGGAUAUAGAAUCACUUUUACUGAAUGAUAUAUAAUGACUUUUACUGACUGAAGUAUAUUUAACCACAAUACCAUAUGUAUAUGUGAUUUAAGAUUGUAGCCACUAUUUAUGACAUAGUAUUUUCAUUUAUCAUCAUGUUGUUUGAUGAGAACAGUAUUUAAUCCAUUGUCAUUUUGUUUGAUGUUAAAUAUUGUUUGUGUUGUCAAUAUAAUAACCAACGUAUACGAGCCUUGGUCUGUGAGAAGCGGGUCUACUGCAUGUGGGUAUAGUGUCGUCCUAGAUUAGCUCGUGCAGUCCACACAGGCUAAUCAGGGAAGACACUUUCCGCCUUAACUGGAUUUUUGUCAAGCACAAUCGUCUUUUAAAAGAAAGAUUAAAAUAAAAGCGGAAAGAGUUGUUCCUGAUUAGCCUGUGGAGACUGCACUAGCACAUGCGUUAAACACACUUGUCACAGAGCAAGGCUUAUGUACAUGUACGUUUAGAUUAUUUACCAAGCUGGCUUGGAUUGUAUGUUACUUGUUGUUACUCAGUGAUAAUAUUUCCUUGAUUUGAUUUACUUUUUAGCUCACCUGGGCCCGUAUUCACCAACCCAUUCUUAGACUUGAGAAUAAAGGAUAGACUUAGACUCAAUAAGAUUACCUCAGUGUUUGCAAAUAUUCAGGCUAAAACGGUGCUUGUAUUAUUAACACAUUGUUCUUACCACAUAAUAACGUUAUAAUAGGUGUUAACUGCCAUGCUUGACUUGAUUUUUUAAUAAUUUUAGAACAUUACAGUUUUGAGAAUACACUUUAUUUUAAGACUUAAGUUUAAGAAUUGUUUGUUGAAUAUGUACCCUGCUCUUAGAGCUAAUUGUGAAGUUUGUAUUUAGUUUUGGCAUGCUAGUCAUGAUUGGAUUGCUGUUUAUCUACUUAACAUUUCUACAUGAGCUUCAGUAGUUUAUCUACAUAACAUUUCUACAUAAGCUACAGUAGUUUAUCUACAUAACAUUUCUACAUGGGCUUCAGUAGUUUAUCUACAUAACAUUUCUACAUGAGCUUCAUUAGCUUAUCUACAUAACAUUUCUACAUGAGCUUCAGUAGUUUAUCUACAUAACAUUUCUACAUGAGCUUCAGUAGUUUAUCUACAUAACAUUUCUACAUAAGCUACAGUAGUUUAUCUACAUAACAUUUCUACAUAAGCUACAGUAGUUUAUCUACAUAACAUUUCUACAUGAGCUUCAGUAGUUUAUCUACCAAACAUUUCUACAUGAGCUACAGAUCUACGUCUCUGCUUAGUGGUAUCGGUCACAUUGAUGACAUAGCUCUUGUUUGUAAAUGAAAGGACUGUGAAAUUGAUUCUCUCUAAAUCUUAGCAAAUAGCAGUGACAGUUUUCUUAUGAAUGAAGUUGUUGUGGGACUGAUGCAUAAAAGAAUGUCAUAGACUGUGAGACAUGGGCAUUGCAUAUUUGUUUGCUUUCAUUGUUCAGUUUAGCUUAGAAACGCUCAUUAUUUAUUUCAUAGUUUAUAGCAUAGUUUUGUCAAAAAUGGCCUAAAAUGUUUCUAGUUCCCUUAACUUUUUUUUGAGGGCUGGUAUUUAGUAACCCAUUGUAAGGCUUAAGAUAGACGAAUAUAAACUUAAAAACAUGCUUCAUGCUUUAUAAUAGAUCAUUAUUAUACAAGUUUUGGUAAAAAGGAAUUUUAAACAAUGCCAAAACUAAGAAAUUUGUUUUUAUACUGCGUUAAAAGGCAGCCACUUUGAAUUACCAGAGAUAGAGUGUUGGGAUAUUACAUGGAAAAAAUAUCAAGUACCGGUAAUUUAUAUAAUGCAUCAAUGUGCAUACAUGUAGUAAUAGAGUGGUGCUUAAACUUUGUCUGAGUUUUAUUGAUGUAUAAUCAAUUAUAUUUAGCCAAAAAUCGUUGGCAGCGUAAAAUUCUUAUAGAGACCGAUUGGCAAUAGUUUUGUCAGAAAAUAAUUGAAUGUAAGACAAAUAUAUUUUGAUGAACAGCCUUUAGAGAAUAUGAACUGAUUACUUCUUAAGUCUCAAGUCUUACAAUGGUUUGUUGAAUAGUGAAUACCGCCCUUUUCCUUUUUUAGCGAAUUCUGUUUUGUUUUGGACUUCAAAAUUGCAUCAUUUUGGCUUCAUGUUGGUAGGUAAGUGAAAGAAUGAGACUUUGGAAUAAAUGGAAACUGCACAGUAUCUUGAGUAAAUUAACCCUUUCCCACUCAGAAGCAAAGUAAAACUGGCUAUGUGCAUACAGCAUUAAACCAGAACAGCCUGCGAGUAACUGGCAGUCUGUUCAGGUUUUAUGCUGUUUGCUGCUCAUCACUAUCUAAGGGUUGAAGAUGAAGCAGUCUGUUCAGGUCUUAUGCUGUUCGCUGCUCACCAGUAUCUUAAAGUUGGAAAUGAAGCCUUUAAAACUUGAAUCUAGUAAGAAAAGUUUUAAAUCAAAUUGUACUUUCUAAGGGACUUCAAAUGCAUCCCAAUACAUAUCUAAGUGGUAAAGGGUUAAAUACGUAACUAUUGUUUUACUGCUUUGAAAGGAAAGUUGUUAAAUCUUGUAAAGUGAACAGAACUGCCAAGAGUCAGUCAAAGUGAUUAUAGUUCACUGAUAUACAUGCACGAGCAAAAUUUGUAAAUCUAGUCACUUUUGUAUGUUUAUAUCAAAUUCACAAGAUGAUUGUUCCAUUGUAACCUUUUAAAAAAAAUAUUUGUGCCAUGCUCUUUGAAAAGGGGGUUUAAUGCUGCUUGGGUGACACAGGUGAGUGAUGUAGGACCAUCUUGGUGGGUGACACAGGUGAGUGAUGUAGGACCAUCUUGCACACAAAAUAUUUCAACAUGAAAACUUGUAAUGCUAUUCGUUUUAUCAAGCAGUAUGAUUUCAUAUAUCAGAUAAUGUUUAGACUUUGAAACUUGAUUUGUUACCAUGGACCUUGUAUGUGUGUUCAAAUGUUCAAACAUGUUAGUAUUUCAGUAUUCAAAAACUUGUGCAAUCAUGUUAAAUAUUUCAAAGUGGGAAAUUAGUAUUGCAACAGUAUUGUUACGAUCGUUUGAAUAAAUCUGCAGGUUUA